AUGGAGAAGAUCUUGUCUGUCUCAUUGGCAUAUCUUGUCUAUAACACAAUCUUCAUCUGGAUCAGCAUAGUUCACAAGUGCUCUCUGGGAUUUCUAUCCGCCUUGGGAUCCUACCUCGAGUUCCCCACACGCACGUCAAGAAUUCAUGUCGAAAAGAAUACCUCAAGUGAGGCUAGAGGAGACCUUGAGCUGACCAGAGAAGAUGUGGAGACGGUCAUGGAGAAGAUUGGGAUGUCUUUGGGCCAGGAAGGCGAGCAGCUGAAGGAGCGCAUGGCCUUUGAUGAGCUUUCUACCAUGUUCGAGGCGAAGGAACCAAGCUUGGAUGAAAUCAAGGAGGCUUUCUCUGUGUUUGAUCAGAAUUGUGAUGGGUUCAUAGAUGCCAUGGAGCUCCAGAGAGUUCUCUCCAAGCUGGGCUUCAGAGAAGGGGUGACCUUGGAUUCAUGCAAACAGAUGAUCGCAGCGCAUGAUGAGAACCAAGAUGGAAGAAUUGAUUUCAGCGAGUUCGUCAAGUUUAUGCAGAGCGGCUUCUGCUGA